AGGUGGGGGGCGAGGCCCCGUCCGCGUCCGCGUCCGCGUCCCCGUCACGGCGCGGCGCCGCCCCGCAGCCGCCCGCCGCCAUUUGAGAGCGGGACGGGCAGCGGGGCCUUGCCACCUGCUCCCAGGCGCUGCCGGAGCCGCUGGCCAUGAAAAUGAGUUGCACAAUUGAGAAAGCCUUAGCAGAUGCAAAAGCACUGGUGGAACGGCUAAGGGAACAUGACAACGCUGCAGAAGCUCUUAUCGAACAGACUACAGCUCUUAACAAGAGGGUUGAAGCAAUGAAACAGUACCAAGAGGAAAUUCAGGAGCUCAACGAAGUAGCAAGACAUCGUCCUCGGUCUACAUUAGUGAUGGGUAUCCAACAAGAAAACAGACAGAUUAGGGAAUUGCAACAGGAGAAUAAAGAACUACGCACAUCUCUUGAAGAACAUCAGUCUGCUUUGGAACUCAUAAUGAGCAAAUACAGAGAACAGAUGUUUAGGUUGCUUAUGGCAAGCAAAAAGGAUGAUCCAAGUAUAAUAAUGAAGUUAAAAGAGCAACAUUCCAAGUUGUUUUUGAUAGUUCUAGGGCAAGCUGAUCAUCUGCUAGCUGUAUGGACCUCCAGUCAAAUUUAUAAUUUAAAGGAACUACAAGUGCAUGUGGACCAAAUUACAGAAAUGGCAGCAGUAAUGAGAAAAGCCAUUGAUAUUGAUGAAAAGCAUGGCUGUAAAGAGCAGGAACGUAUCAUUCAGCUUGAACAAGAAAACAAAGGCUUGAGAGAAAUUCUUCAGAUAACUAGAGAAUCAUUCCUGAACCUCAAGAAAGAAGAUGCAUCAGAGAGUACAUCUCUUUCAGGAUUAGUAACAAGCAGUGAUUUGAGCCUGAGGAAAAGCUAAAGACUAUGGAAGUCAACAAGCUUUAAUUGCACACUUUACAAAUGGAAUAUCAGGGGUCACUUGUCAAGCACUUGUUACUGAAUAGGGCACCAGCAAGCUAAUGCAUCUUGAACUUCAGUUUAGUGGCUUUUUUACCAUGUGAAAUACAUUCAAAUGGGUAUUCUAUAAAAACCUUAAUGACAGAUUAAUUGCCAUAGAUCUAACUUCAGUAGGAAAUGGAUUAAUGCACUUACCAAAUUAGGAAUUAUUUUUAUAUGAAGUUAUUUUGCAAAUAAAAGACAUGAUUUCACAUAAUUUAUAUAAAUUACUGCUCAUACAAAACUUCAAUGCACCUACUAUACAAUAAAGACUAAAUUUAAAGUCUCAUCACAGCAUAACAGAGUAUGCUUUGUGCACAAACCAUAUCACAUUUUUCCUUUUAAAUUUUCUGAAAUUUGGAAUUUUGCAACAAGCCUGUUUAAUGGAAAGGGUGAAUAGGCAUCAUAAAACUUAAACAUUUCUGUUAUUUAGCCACAGGGUAUCCCAUUCAAGUAUAAGGCCAGUUGUUUAAACAUAAGCAAUGCUUUUGCCUUUGUUCAGUAUUUUUUUCUUAAAUUAAAAAAGAUUUAAGAUAUGCAUACUUAAUUCUAUUUUCAAAAUAUGAAAAGAACUUUUUACUUUUUUGCUUUCUGGAACACAAGCAGUAUAAUUCUGGCUUAACUAUUUACUUUAUGAGAGAGAAAACCAAGCUCAGUUCUCUGUAUGUAGAGAGAGAAGUCCCAUCUACUAGACAAGUCCCACAGUAGUCCCAUCUACUUCUUGGAUUGCCUGUCCAAACUGGGAAAUGGCAAUCUGAAAGCACCCAAGCCAUAGCAAAACAAAGAUAGUUGGGGGAAGAAGGAAGAAGCUCUAUGGCAGACUUGGCAGUCUGCAAUCAAUAAUUACUGUUCCCACCCCUCUUUUUUUCCUAAGGACUAAAUACUCAAGAUCUGUUAUCACUGGGAACUUUUAAUAUAUUACACAUUGACAAAUAGACUUCUCACUUCUAAUCCUAAAAUAUCGUUAGAAGUAGAAAUGAACUGGCACUUCUAGAUCAAGGCACAGUUUAUGUUGGAUUCUUGUUUGAAGCACCAAGAACACUUCUAAUAUUGAUACAUAUCAUGACUUUGUCCAGCAUGCUAAUGUAUUCUUUACUUGGAACACAGACUCGAAGCAUAGUGAAAGCUUUCAACCACAGAAAUUGAAGAGCUACAAACAGCAACCACAGUUGAGUAUUUUGUCUGUUUAAUAACUCACCUAGCAAAACGAGUUGAACUCCUUAUUUAAUCAAAUUCCAUUUUUAGUUGCAACAAUGCAGAAGAAAUUAAGCACUUUCAAAUGUGUCAGUUUUAAAUACAACUUGUCUCAAGAUAAAUGCACCGAAAGGUCUAAGACUGAACUUUCAGUUCCCAGUGAGCUAAUUUAUAGGGAGCCUAAUAUUUUUCUUCUGGUAUUGUCAAAUACCUUCCCAUAGUGCUUAAGAGAAACAAGUGGAGUGGUGGGAAAAAGCAUCAAGCAGAGAAUAAAUGCCAGUUUUCAAUUAGCUAAUACAUAUGCCAGGAAGUACAGUUAUAAGAAGAGCUCAGAACAGACAGAUAAAUCAAGCUCUCUAACAUUGUACAGCAUUUCUUGUAACUGGAGAAACUCCUCCUUCCUGAGCAUCUUAGCUUGUUUCUAAGUUUAAGAAUAUAUGGGGAACAUUCAUGUGCAUGAAGAAAAGUUUUAGCUCUUUCCAAACUUGCUAAACAUCCUGGGGGAGGUGGGGGUUUUUCAGAACAUUUUAUCUCAAGCUCAAAAUACACUUGUCAGCUGUUAUCUAUAAAAUUUCGCCAGUGUUUAUAUGAUUUAGAUUUUGCAUUUCUGCUGUAGCUUGCAAGCUGGUGACUUAGUAGAAGCAACGGGUGUGUUUUGUUGUUGCAAACUUGGAAGAAGGUUUGGUUUCAGUUAUUUUUUUCCAUACAUGUCUUUUCAGCCAUUGACUUGUAUCAAGGGCACUUACAUCCAUUUUACACAGAAUGCAGUUUCAUGGCUGACCUUCUGGCUUGUCUUUCAAAUACAAUCUCCGGAGUAUAUAGCAGAGAAGGGUUCUUAGUCUGUGGCAGUUCUUUAAGGUUGCUCUAUUAUGAAAUAAUGCUUGAUUAGUGUUUAUUUUUGUAAUUUAAGAAAUGUGACUUAAUUUAUCAACUCCUAGUUUUCACGUUUGAUAUGUCUCCUCUUCCAUUCCCCUGACCUGAUCACUUUAGGAUUUUAAAGAGCCUUCACAUGGUGUGGAGUGACUAUUUUUCAUUGCAAACCUGUUAUUUUUGUAAUGCUGAUAGCUUGAAAAGAAUUUAUGGCUAGAAUUGUGUACUGUACAGUAAACUUAUUUUAUCAAUAAAGUACAUACAAUAAA